AAACAUUCGGAAAGUGUGACUUUGAAAUCAAGUGAGGUUUUGUUGAAAAUAGUCAUCUAAAUAUGAUUUGCACUGCAGUAAUAUCUGUGAGGAUUUACCUAUGUUACGAUGGUCAAGCAUCAGGGAGACGGAGGCGAAACUGUUGAAUUUUCUUACUUUUAUUUUCCUUUAGAAAAUAAAUCAAAACAUUGCUAUCAGGCUUUGGUGUACACAUACAGCAUCAGAUCAAAAGCAUAGGCUUCUCUGAUCGAGUAGGAAAGCAGCACAGGACUAAACGCAACAGAUCUGCAGUACACCAUAUGGCCACGGGUGGCUCCCAUUCACACUUAUUAAACAAGGCAGUUUUAUUUUGGCGAAAAUCCUAUACAAUAAUACACUACAUUUUGAACUCUGUUAAACUUACAUGCGUGUUCCUUGCGAGAGGAGUCGGUGUUCACAUUUUGAACGUAUUAUGAGGUCACAGUCACCACUGCACUACCUCAGAGUGCGCAAGUGAACAGCUCCCGGUGCUAGAAUUUGAAUGCGGACUGUUUUGUUGUUUUGUUUCAGACCUCUGGCUUAGUUUGGAGGAUUAUUUUGUUUACGCAUCACGUUGUAUCACAGCGGCCAUCGCUACUAUGGGCCAAUGUGCAAAGGUUACAGGAGAUAAUCUGUUUCCUAAAACGAUGGAGGUGAAACGUAAAAUCAGGAGCUGGACUCACUAUGUGUUGAUUUGUAUUUAAUUUGCUUCAUUGAAAUCCGUAGAUGCAGUGACUCACUAUUCAAUAGACGAGGGAAUGGAGGAAAGUAGUGGUCACUAAUUUGGCUUCUGAUCUGGGCCUCAACGUUAUUCUGUUUUUCAGAUAAUCAUUUCUAAUGCAUGCAAAACAAGUUACCAGGAUGUGCUUGGCCAUGUGUUGGUUUUGCAAUUCAGCCAAAGUGUGGUGCUGUUCUCUCGUUUAAACACUCGGGUGUCAGAAGUCGUUUAUGUGCAGUCAGCCUGGAUGUCUGGGAGAAGGAGGGUGUAUUCUGCGAAAUAUUGGCCUGCACGCGUUUUUGAUUCGUCCUCAUACAACAAUUUAGAAAUAUAACAAAACAAACGUUUGAUCUGGGACCUUGGAAAUUAAAAAGUAUAUACAUUGUAUCGGGAAAAAUGGAUUAUCACACAAUGGAUUCAGAUACAGUACGGCUAGGAAAAUGGUACGUCAGGAGCUCCAUUGUUUUCAUCGCUCUUUUACACUUGUCAUCUGGCGCAUCGCAUUAUUCAAUUCCUGAAGAAAUGAAAGAAGGAUCCGUUGUUGCCAAUCUGGCCGAAGAUCUGGAUUUGGAUGUAGAAACGCUCAGUGAAAGAAAGAUGCGCCUGGAUAUUGUGGCGAACAAAAAAUAUUUGGAUGUGAACAAAGAGACUGGCGAGCUGUAUAUUGUGGAGAAAAUCGACAGGGAACAUAUUUGCACCACAAAAUCGACUAGUUCUUGUUAUUUGAAGCUAGAGGUCAUACUUGAAAAUCCCUUACGAAUUUUUAAUAUUGAAUUGGAAAUUUUAGAUAUGAAUGACAAUGCACCUCAAUUCCGACGAGACGCAAUACAUUUGGACAUAGCCGAGUCGACGUCAGCAGGGGAAAGAUUUUCGCUGAGCAAUGCAGUCGAUCCCGAUAUUGGAACGAACUCAGUCAAAACGUACCAUUUAAGUGAAAGCGAACAUUUUAAUAUCGAGGUACAAACUGGGAGAGAUGGAUCAAAGUUUGCUGACUUAAUAUUGAAAAAGGCUUUGGACCGAGAGAUGCAGGCCGUUCAUCAUUUAGUUCUCAGCGCGGUGGACGGCGGUACACCGACCCGCUCCGGUACUGCCAGCGUGAUUGUUCAUGUCCUGGACAUUAACGACAACACUCCUACUUUCUACAAGGAGGAAUAUAACAUUAAGGUUAUGGAAAACUCUCCGAUUGGAAGCCUCGUCCUUCAACUGAAUGCUACAGACUCAGACGAGGGUUCAAACGCUGACAUAACGUACUCGUAUAGUCUCUACACCUCAGAGAAAACCCAAGAAAUGUUUAAUAUAAAUCCUUCCAACGGAGAGCUUACUGUAAAAGGCAUGUUAAACUAUGAGGAUUUCAGGAUUUAUGAUAUGGAAAUCAUAGCCAUGGAUAAAGGGGCAAACGCUUUAUCAGGACAAUGCAAAAUAAGAAUUUUAGUCGAAGACAUGAACGACAAUCACCCAGAGAUAUCUAUAAAAUCAUUUCUGAGUCCCAUCAAGGAGAAUGCUGAAUUAGGCACUGUAAUAGCAGUUGUUAGUAUAAGUGAUAAGGAUUCUGGUGAUAAUGGUCAAAUUGAUAUUACAAUUCAAGCUAAUUUACCAUUUAAACUAAAGGAAUCGGCUGGGAAUUUUUUUGAGUUAGUUGUCUCUGAAUCGCUGGACAGAGAAAAGGCUCCUGAAUACGAAAUAACAUUUACAGUUACAGACAGAGGUUCUCCUUCAUUAUCUGAUAAUGAAACCAUGACCUUAGAGCUACUGGAUGUUAAUGAUAAUGUCCCCCAGUUCCCUCAGUCUUUCUAUACUAUACGUGUGAUGGAGAAUAAUGCUCCUGGAGCUUUGCUAGAAUCUCUCACUGCGUACGACCCAGACCUCCAUGAAAACCAGUAUCUAGUGUAUUUCAUCAUAGAGAGGGAGAUAGCCAACACCUCCAUGUCCAUGCUGUUCUCCAUUAGCCCAGAGAAUGGUAAACUCUAUGCUCUGAAGACGUUUGACCAUGAGAUUGAGGAGGAGUUUCUUUUGCACAUUGAGGCCAGAGACUCUGGUGUUCCUCCACUCAGCAGUAAUGUGACUGUCCACAUCAUUAUUGUGGACCAGAAUGACAACACUCCAGUCAUAGUGUCCCCAUGGUGCGCUCACGGCUCAGUGGUGGAGGAGAAGAUCCCCAGAUCCACCGACAAAGGCUCUCUGGUUUCCAAGGUGAUUGCUAUCGACGGCGACUCUGUGUUGAACUCAAGGAUUACCUACCAGUUUCUACAGGUGACGGACGCCACCUUGUUCAGUCUGGACCAGUACAACGGAGAGAUCCGUACCAUGAGAAUGUUCAGUUACAGAGAUCCCCGUCUCCAACGGCUUGUUGUGGUUGCCAAGGACAACGGAGAGCCCGCUCUCUCUGCUACCGUUACCAUCAAGCUGUCCACAGUGGAGACCGCGGUCAAGGCCUACUCGGACCUGACCGAAGUGCCCCUGGAGUACGACAUCUUUUCAGACUUGAAUCUGUAUCUGGUCAUCGGCCUGGGCUCGGUGUCCUUCCUCUUGUUGAUCACCAUAUUGGUCACCAUCGUUCUCAAGUGUCAGAAACCCAAGUCCAGCAAAGCUGCUCCUCCCUGCAGGAACAGUGUGGUCAGUGAGAGGAACUCUUUUGCAGAUUCCACUCUGGUGUCCAACGAUGCCUACUGGUACAGCAUGUUUCUAGCGGAGACCAGGAAAGGGAAGCUGGUGGUUAGACAGCCAGCGCCAAAGGGCUCCAGGUACAUAGUGUCCAGUUUACCACGGAGCACUGGCCUCACAGAGACGAGCGGCUCAGCACCCUCCACGCUGCAGGUGAGGACUGGGGCAAACGAUUCAUGUUUUCAUCUUGUGAUUGCUAAAUUUUUUUCUUUCUCUGUUUAAGAUUUAAUCCAUUUUGGUUUGGAAAUUAAUCGAUUUCAUUGAAUUGUUUUAUCCAUCUUUGUGGCAUGUGUACAUGCAAAACGUAACUACAUUUUUAGUCAUUCAGAAUAAGUGGCACAAAAAGACUACAAUUAUGUGCACUAUUUUUUUAACAAACCAUUAUUUAUUGCUAGUCAUUUUUUCCAUUUGCUUUCUUGGAUGAAUGAUUGGGAAAGUGUGACUUUGAAAUGAAGUGAGUUUUUUUUGAAGAUAUUGAUCAAAAUACGUUUUCCAGUAUUAUCUUCGAGGAAGUACAUGCAUGUUCUUUGCGUACAGAGUCGCUUUUCACCAUUUGAACACGUCUUAUGAGGUCACAGUCAUCACUGCACAUCCUCAGGCUGGACCUCACGAGCUGCGCAAGUGAACAGCUCACGGUGCUAGAAUUGGGAUUUGGACUAUUUUCUUGUUUUGUGUAAGGUCCA